AUGAAGACGCUUGGCCUCCUAGGCGGGCUGACCUACGAAUCUACCUCGCUGUACUAUAAUCUCAUCAACCAGCAUGUGCGGGAGGUCGUCAGCCCGCGGUCCUCAGCAGAGCUGUUCAUGUACUCUGCCAACCAAGAGCAGAUGCUACAACUCGCGGCCUCAGGUGACUGGGAUGGAUUCGCCGAUAUUUACGUUCAAGCCGCCCACGCCUUGAUAGCGGGCGGCGCACAGGCAAUCGUGAUCUGUGCGCUACUGGCGCAUAAAGCCGCGGAUCGGAUCGAGGCCCGGAUCCACGUGCCUCUCCUCCAUCUGUCGGACUUUGUCGGGAGCGAAGUCAAGGCACGCGGGUUUGUGAAGGUGGCAAUCCUCGGCACCAAGGUUGCGAUGGAAGGGGAGUUUGUCAAGGACAGGAUUCUGCAGAAGCAUGGUGUCGAAGUGCUCAUUCCUGAUGUCGAGGACAGGGAGAGGGUGAACACUGGGAUAUUCAAUGAGUUGACGACGGGGAAGGUUAGACCGGAGACGAAGGAGAUGUUCUUGAAUGUGACGAGGAAAUUGCUGGAUCAGGGUGCCGAAGGUCUCAUCUUGGGAUCGACGGAUCUUGGUUUCGUGAUCCGUGAGGAAGAUAUUGGUGUUCCGAUAUUUGAUACGGCCAAGAUCCAUGCCUUGGGGGUUGCGAAAUGGGCAUUGCAAGAGGUGAAGGAGAAAUAA